UGGAUAGUGAUGUGUUUUAAGGAGGUGGCUCCGUGUUCCGCUGAGGUUGAGAGCGCUCAAAUGCACUUGGCGUUUUAACCAGCGUCUCAAUGCGGAGGCUGCAGGAACAUCCUAAUGGCAACCAGUAAGGGAGAAUACGAUAACCAGACGACCACGGCGCGUUCGCGGAUGUGUUUAGCUCAGAAUUACCUUUAGCAGCAAGGUUACCAAAAAAGAAAAUACUGGAUUAUUUUACGAAGAAGAUAUGAUUACAAUGUCUCCGCAAUGUGGGAUUUCCUUUUUUUGCAUCUAUGGAGCGAUGUACAUCGUACAUUCCAGCAACCCUCUCCUACGAAUAGGAGACGCCUUGUCAAAUGGGAAGACUGGUCGGGACACAAACAGAUUUUUCGGAAAGGAAAUUACCAUACCUCUUCGGUUAAUUUACCGCAUGGACAACGACAGUCAAAUCACGCACGACGUACUCAACACCAGGAUAAAAGCAAGUUCCGACUCAAAACAGAGUACUCAUGUUGCUCAAGCAAGCUUCCGAGUGGACGCAUUUGGCGCAACGUUUAUCUUGGAUGUGGAGCUCAAUCAUGACCUCCUGUCUUCAAACUACGUGGAAAGGCACAUUUCAGAAGACGGAAAUGCCAUCACAUCCAAGGGCGGGGAACACUGUUACUACCAGGGCAGGGUGCGAGGGGUGCCAGAGUCCUUUGUGGCUCUUUCCACCUGCCACGGAAUACAUGGGAUGUUCUUUGACGGAAAUCACACGUACAUGAUUGAACCAGGAGGAAACGACAGUGUCAGCGAAGAUGUUUACGUCCACAUGAUAUACAAGUCCAGGGGCAUGGAGGCUGCCACAGAUGACAUCCCUCCUGCUGGUGUUCCAGAAACAGACGUCCCACCCAUCCCCAGCACCACAGGGGCCCAUCGGAGGAGAAAGAGACAGGCAUCCCGAAUACCACGUAGUGUUGAAGAUGAAACCAAGUAUAUAGAACUUAUGGUUAUCAAUGACCACCUGAUGUAUAAGAAACAUCGCCUCUCUGUUGGUCAGACAAAUAAUUAUGCAAAGUCGGUUGUGAACAUGGCUGAUAUAAUUUUCAAAGAGCAACUGAAAACCAGGAUUGUCCUGGUAGCUAUGGAGACUUGGGCAGCUGACAACAGGUUCAAGAUCAAUGAUGACCCCAUGAUCACCUUGCGGGAAUUCAUGAAGUACAGGCGGGACUUCAUCAAGGAGAAGUGUGACUCAGUGCACCUAUUCUCCAGAGGGAGCCGUUUCCACAGCAGUAGGGGAGGAGCUUCUUAUCUUGGAGGAGUCUGUUCACUGACAAAAGGUGGAGGAGUCAAUGAGUAUGGAAAAACAGACGAGAUGGCUAUAACACUCGCGCAGUCAUUGGGACAAAACAUCGGCAUCUUUUCAGACAAGAAGAGGAUCCUCAACGGGGAGUGCAAGUGUGAUGACAGAUGGUCGGGGUGCAUAAUGGAUGAUGUUGGCUUCUACCUGCCCAGGAAGUUUUCAGACUGUAAUGUGGAAGAGUACCACAACUUCCUGAACAGUGGCGGUGGUGCGUGUCUCUUCAAUAAGCCUUUGAAGCUGUUGGACCCUCCAGAAUGUGGCAAUGGAUUCGUGGAGCCGGGGGAGGAUUGUGACUGCGGCAGCCCUGCGGAGUGUCUAAAAGAGGGUGACAACUGCUGUAAGAAGUGCACGCUAACCCAGGGCUCCAAGUGCAGUGAUGGUCUCUGCUGUAAAAACUGCCAGAUGGAGUUCAUGGGGGUGGUAUGCCGAGACGCAGUGAAUGACUGUGACAUCCCUGAGAACUGCACUGGAAACUCCAGCCAGUGCCCACCAAACUUACACAAAAUGGAUGGAUACACUUGCGAAAAAGAUCAGGGUCGUUGCUUCAAUGGAAAGUGCAAAACUAAAGACAGGCAGUGUAAAUACAUAUGGGGUGAAAAAGCAACUUCGGCAGACAAGUUCUGCUAUGAAAAACUGAACAUCGAAGGCACUGAGAAAGGAAACUGUGGAAAAGACAAAGACACUUGGAUUCAGUGCAACAAGCAGGACGUCCACUGCGGCUAUUUGCUCUGUUCCAACAUUUCACCAGCCCCCAGGCUGGGAGACCUGCAAGGGGGGCUCACUUCCUUCUCUGUGGCCCAACACAGUGCUUCUUUGGACUGCAGCGGGGGUCACGUGAUCAUCGAUGGCGACACAGACCUGGGCUACGUAGAAGAUGGCACGGCAUGCGGCACUGAUCGGAUCUGCUUCAACCACAGAUGUCUCCCAGUACAGGAGUUCAACUUCAGCACCUGUCCUGGCACUACCGAUAAGAAGAUCUGCUCUGGCCACGGAGUCUGCAGUAACGAGCUGAAAUGUGUUUGUCACCUGGGUUGGGCCGGGGAAGACUGCAACGCCACCUCACCCCUCAGCUACCUGGUUGUUGGACCAACAGCCAGUCCCUCUGGUGUCAUCAGCACCAAUAUCAUAAUAGGUGCCAUUGCCGGCACCAUUCUAGUCCUGGCUCUCAUUUUAGGGAUCACUGCCUGGGGCUACAAGAGCUACAGGCAGCGGAGGUACGUAGAAUCGGAGGUCCACAGAAGAUUCUGUCGGCAAAUGCCGCCGGGGGACUAUGCGAAGAAGCCGGGGGAUGGCGACUCCUUCUACAGCGAUAUGCCCCCUGGCGUCAGCAGCAACUCAGCCAGCAGCUCCAAGAAGAGGUCCAAUGGCCUGUCCCAUUCCUGGAGUGAAAGAAUUCCGGAUGCCAAACACAUCUCUGACAUCUGUGAAAACGGACGACCAAGGAGUAACUCCUGGCAAGGAAACCUGGGAGGCAACCGCAAGAAGCUGAAAGGGAAGAAAUUCCGCCCACGCUCCAACUCUACAGAGACACUUUCGCCAGCUAAGUCCCCCACCUCCUCCACUGGAUCCAUCGCCUCCAGUCGGAGGUACCCUUACCCGAUGCCCCCACUUCCUGAUGAGGAGAGGAAAGCCAAUCGGCAAAGCGCUAGGCUAUGGGAAACAUCAAUAUAAAGCCCUUAUUUACUCUGCAAAACUACAUAAGAACUACAUUUUCGUCUGCUUUUAUAUGAAUGAAAAACACAAGGAAACAAAACAGGAAAACAAAACUAAAAGGAGGGUGUGUAUGUGAGGACCUCCCCAAUCAAGCCAGUCACCAGGGGGCGCUGCAGUGCUUGCCCGACUCACCCUGGCCAUCAAGGAGUACAAUUUCACCGCCAGACCAUCUGCUGGCUCAUCCUGCGCUUAGGGAACAUGGCAGUUGUGCAGAAGGGGUUGGGGGGUGCUCUUCUCUCCCAGCUCUGCUAUUGCCCUUUGAUGCCUGCCCCCCCCUCCCCCCUUCCUCCAGGUCCAUCCCUGUCCAGUGUGAACAAUCUCUUCGAUUGGUGCUCUAUCCGAUGCAAUUCGAACAGGUCACUAUAAGCAGGAUUUAUUUAACAUUUUGAAGCACGCGAUCACUGUAGAAAUAAAACACUGUAUGCAUGAGAAAAGAAACCCUCUGUUUAUUGAUUCCUUGUAGUGUUUUAAAGCAAACACAGUUAGGGACAGCAUGUGGAAGACGGCGAUUAUGUAGGCCCUUGACAUUUUUUUUCUAUUUAGGCUUCUUGAGGAUCAGCGAUUGUCAUUCACAUCAUAGCUAGCUGUGAAUCAUAUACACAUUCCAGUCGUGUUUUCGUCUGGGUUUCUCGGAAUGGGUUUGUAAAUAUGUAUAGGUCAAAACCACAGUCAAGAUGUAGUGUUUCUUAUAAGACCUCUUAGAAUGGAGAAAGUUGAAGAUGUUUGUCUAUACUGCCUCCCCUUUAAUGGUAUUAUAAUUAUAGCUCACUCAGAUGAAACAGUCCAGUAAGGAAAGUCUUGUUCUUGGAUAGUAUCCCCCACUACUAUAAACUGUCUGCAUUCUUUACCCGUUACUGAACAACAUCAAAGAAGCCUCCACAGGAAAUUCUUCCUCUGAAUUUCAUACCCACUGAUGUUUGCCAAAGUUUCAAUCAGAUUUAGACUGCAGACUGGUAAUGCAGGUCAAGGAUAUUCGUAUUCCUAGUAACAUUAGCAGAACAGCGAGUUUAAUUUGCUUGAUUUUACCCUGUGUGGACAAGUAGAUAUAAACACAGCAAAAGCCACAGGUGGAGUUGGCAACUCAGUGAAUAAUUUCAGAAGACUUCCUUGUGACAGUUACCUCUGACUGAAUUCUGAUUGUAUAGACCAGGUUCUCAAACUCUGUAUGCUGGUUUUUGUGACUUAUUUGAGACUCUCUUUCUCAAUUAAGGUUGUUGAACACGUGUUUACAUUGUCAUAUUUUCUUCAUUAACCUUAUUAAUACAAUGCAGGCUUAUAAUUUGCUUUGUCUUUCAAUUCUUAAUUAUCUUGCACCAAUGAGGAACCUAAUGAUUCACCUGUCUCCAAUGUUGUUUAUUUUACCCCUUUUCGUGUAAUCAUUUGCUUCAUAGCAUAAUGUGAAUAAGGGGCUUUUAUUCUUCAUGGCAUGUAUAGCUAUUUCUGGCAAUGUGGCUUAAGAGGGUAAAUAAUCAUCCCUCUAAACAUGAAAAGCAACUUACACAGAUCCAGCAUACACAGAGGCCCAAGACGGAGUCUGAGAAACACUGCAUAGUAUAGACCUUUUCGGUUUUUUGACGAGAAGUAUAGACUUUUUCCCCCAAUGUGCUUUUAUUCUUUGUUUAACAACCAUUUUAAGGGGAUAGUUUACCCUCGUGACAUUUCUGAUGAGAAUGAUGUAAAGUAGUCCUGUUACCCCCAUCAUCAGCCAGCGCGCUCCUGGACCAGGAGAGUAGGCUCCAGCUGACACCUUCAAUUUGACUUUCAUUCUGAUGAUUGGAACAUCUAAAGUCAGGAAUCCGCCUGAAUGUAAAGGUCACAACGGGGGUGAAAUGUGAAAAACCUGUACAGUUCCUCCAAAUAACUGACGAGGCAAAGCUUUCACAGAAAUAUUUUGAUAAAAGCAACAUUUCAUACAAGCAUUUUUUGAUUUAUAUAUAUUUGUCAUGUAAAAUGUUUUUUAAAAAGAUUGCUGUACUUUUUUUAAUUGCCGACGAGUACACCGUGAAGUGUCACAAUCUGUUUCUUUUUUGUCGUUCUUAAGGUUUGUGUUGUGGACUGUACUUGAGUUGAUGUAUCCAGCGCAGAAAUUCACGAUUGCAUUGGAAGUUGAAUUUCCUAAAAAUCCAUUUUUGUUCAUUGAAAUUUAUCAUAUUUUGUGUGCCCUAAGCCAUUUAGAAAAUUGACCUCUUCUUCCCCAAGGUCCAGCUACACCAGUUCAACAUAAGACUUGUCAGUCCUCUACCCAACUUAGAAACUAGAUUUUGUGGACAAAUAAAAACAUAAAUGUAAGACAGAAUUGCAGUCAGAAUUCUGAAUAAUGUUCACCUGGAGUUUUAUUUAAAUGUUCCUGAAGACAUUAUCUUACUGUCAUGUGUAGAUACUUUCCAUCCAUGUAUUAGGCCUGCUGUCUGUCAUUUACUGAAUAUGCUUUUGUUUUAACGUGGGCACUGAUAAUGAACUUACUACUGUAUGCAAUAGUAUUGUACUCAAUAUUAAGAUCACUACAAUAUUGGAUUCAUAUUACUAUGAGUAUUAGUGUUUUUUUCUUUCACUUACAGUACCAACUACAACUUCCCAGGUUAUUUUUCUCUUUAAUAGUACUAUACAGCCAUAUCUCCACCAGAGGCACGCACUCAUCAUUGUAUGCAAAUUGAGAAGUAUACCGAAAGUAUGUGUGCUUGAACGGUGAAAGUUUUGUGAGCAUGCGUGCAUACGGCUUUUCUGGAGAAAAAUCACUGUGGUUCUCAGCAAUUCCAUCUACUGAACUUUCACUUCGCUACUCAUUAGCCACGUUUUAAUGAUUUCAGAUGAAGUUGGUGUGUAAUCAUGCCCGAUGUCAGCUUUUGAACAGGCAGGAAAAAGGGAGAAAAAAGCAGCAGUCGUGGCAGAUUUGUUUCAAGCAAUAGAAUAUACUGCAUGUUUUGCCUUGUUUUCCUACAUCCAACGGUUCUUUAAUAAACUUCAGAUUUACACAAAUGCUGAGGUGGUAACAAGAACAGACAGAGCAUUUUCUUUGGUGUUGACGUGUAGCUUGUGUUCAGGCCCCCAUGCGGUCUUUUAUGAUUUUGUCCAUGGGAGUCAUGUGGGCCCCCUGGACCAAUAGGAAUAGCGUGCAUUGUGCGCAAGAGGAAUAGUCUUGUCCUUAAUGUCUGUUGAGGCUUUCUGAAAUCUUCCAACCGUUGUUAUUGCCUCAUUGCUGGCACUCUGUUCUCUUUGGAUGAUCCCUGAAGGGAUACCGUUAACAUGUUACUUUUGCUGUCUGUAUCUGCAAACCUGGCCGAUUACGUUAAGCGACUGCCCUGAGGAAAUGCUUCAUCCCAGCAAAGGCAAGAGGACUGGUCCGUUUCUCUUGAAUGUAUUUUACGCAAUUCAGACCAGAAUUCUACAACCCUGCUCAACUAGAGGCAUCAGGACACUGUGUUUUUAACCUGUUAAUGUCUGCUGCCCCGCAUUGCCAACUCCUGAUAUAUAAAUCUAUAUACUUCAUUCUUUUUUUUUUCCCCUGUAUGCUGUACAUAGACUGACAAUGCAAAAAAAUCAAUGCCCAUAUUUUUUUUUCUUACAAUAUCAUUCAGUAUUGUAAUAUAUUUAAUAUAAAAUAAAACUUUCAUCAAAA